UUACGUCCAGUUCUAGAAGUGCUAGAGUCUCAACUUUCUGUUUACAACCUUGGAAUCCAAGCCAGAUGAUAGUCUAAAACUUAAGGGAGCUGGGUGGCAGCUGAAUAAAUCAGUAAUAUAACCAUUGUAGCAAGGAAGGAUCUUGGUCUUUGUUUCCAUACUUUGAUACUUCCAGAUAUUUUGUACUUCCUUCACAGCUGUCCUUCUGAGUCUCAAUCUUAGCUGCGGUCUCCACUGAAUUAAGCAGAAGACCAGACUUUCAGGAACCACCUUGCCUACAAAGUCUGCUGCUACCUCUCCAGAUUCCUUUGAAAACCAGCCUGGAGGAAAUAUCAGAUGGAGGACGAAGAGGGAUACAUGGCGAUCGAUCCAGCGCGAAGAAGUGUCUACACUCUGCCGCCAGCUCCCCAAAAGACAGAAGGUUCGGUUUCAAAAGUCUGGAAAAUCGGAGUGACCCUUUUUCUGACAGGAAGCCUUGCUCUGAACGUGGUCCUAAUCGUUCUUCUGAUCGUUUUUCAGAUUGAAAAUGUGCAAAAUGGUCCCAAUGCACCAGCUUCAUCCAAUUCAUGUGAAUGGAUCCCUGGAAAAACAAUAGCGCAUGUGACUCUGGACCCAGAAACUGCUCAUCGGCGUCUCAUGGUGUCUAAGGAUGGGAAAACUGUGCAGUGGGGAAAAGAGGAGCAAAACCUUCCCAACAACACCGAGAGAUUUGAUCAGCGUGUUUGGGUGUUGGGCAAACCAGGUUUCAACUCGGGGAGGCACUGCUGGGAAGUCGAAUUGAAGGGCAAUGGGGAAUGGGCUGUCGGGGUCGCCAAGCAAUCUCUGAGGAGAAAGGGAGCCGUGGACUUCAGCACCACAGAAGGCCUGUGGGCUGUGGCUGAGUACUGGGGAAAGGGGAACUAUGUAGCUUUUACCGCCCCACAACCUACACCUCUUUCCCUUGGCAAGAAGCCCCAGAGGAUACGUGUGUUCCUGGACUACUCUGAAAGGCUGGUGGAUUUUUUCAAUCCUGACACCAAAACGACAAUCUACACUUUCUCUUCAGCCAAUUUUUCUGGGCAAACCAUCCAACCCUGGUUCCGUGUGUGGGAAGGAACUGAACUUGUACUGCGUCCCUAAGAGUGUGGGAUUGACACUCUAAAUCCUCCCCCCCACAAAGAGAGGCUAAGCAAAUAUUGGGUGGAAAAAUAUGUCCCUCUAGAUGAGUGCUUCUUAACCCCGGAUGUUCUUGGAAUAAAA